CUGAUCGAUUGAAAGUAUUCGGACCAAGCGUAGACGAUAUAUUGUGUAAGUAUCAGGUGAAGAAAGUUGACAAAGUUGAUCUCAUCUUCAUUCCAGUACUACUUUCUGAUCAUUACUGGUGCCUAUGCUUUAACAUGAAAAAUGGAGAUAUCGAGUUAAUAGAUAACUCUAGGUAUGCCGAAUCGUUUACCAAACGCUACCGUGGACGCCCCGAAAAGCUGCGGAGAGUUCUAAUACUAUACCUAAAAGGCAAAAUUGGACAAAAAGAGUGGAUAACAAAGUUGGAAAAGGCAAAAAUAAUUCGAAAGGAAAUGGAUUGGAGAACUCUUCAAAACGGUUGUGACUGUGGUGUCUUCACUAUGAGACAUAUGGAGACAUACAAGGGCAAAUCUCCAUGGAAUGCAGGGUUUAAAACGGAAGACCAAAAGAAGAUUCAAGAUUCACAACUACGGUUUUUGCGGUACAGGUAUCUUAGUAAGAUUGUAUUGUCCGACUACAAUCUUAUAAGGAAAGAGGUAUACGACAAAGCUACGGACUUUAUGAAGAAUUCGAUACCCGCAGAUGCUUUGCACGAUCUAGAUAGCAAAAUAAGUAACAGAUUGGAUCAGUUCUUCAACCUCAAAAAGGGGAAACAAAAUGAAAAGUCGUAGGACUACUAUCUUGCUGUCUUUUGUUCCAAACAUCUUUGACAUGUUGGAUUUUUUAUUUUUAUUUAUAAUUCUAAUAAUUUCUGGUUAUAAACAUAAA